AUGGAGCAGCGGUCAAUUGUUGUGAAGAGGGUUCGGCGCCGCCAAAACAGCAGCUGCGAUCAAUGCAGAAAAGCGAAACGAGCGUGCGACGCUGCUAUCAGAGCAGAGCACACCGAUGCAGACGGCAGCAGUUUUCCUGCCUCAACGGGGAGAUCAACCGUCCGCCAUGCUAAUUCGCGUAUUCCGGCAGCAAAAUGUUCCAACUGUCAGAGGAAUGGAAGAGAAUGCACGUUCGAAUGGCUCGAACUUGCAUUGCCCAAGACGAUCAAGGCCAAUAAGAAGCGGACUCAACAUUUUGGCCAUGUCGACGUGUCCAGACAAUCAUCCUUUCGUGUUACCUCCCAGCCAUCGACAAACUCGCCAACCCAAGGGAGCACUUCUGAUCGGUCAUUCUCAGACCUCGACAAGAUCAAUUUCGAUAUUGAUCCAGUAAAUCGAGGAUUGUUCAACAUUGGGGAAACGCCAGAACUUGCUUUCGAGGAAGAUCUUUUGACUUCUAUCCACCAGGAGGAUGAUUUCACCAGGGGUGCUUUCGCGACAAACCAAUCAUCUAAUUGGCAACCUCAUGUGUCAGGUAUGGGAAACGUGCUCUCCGAAAGUCGUGGGAGCACAAAUAACCUUCCGUUUCGACCUUCUGUGGAUAGUUUCCAAGAACAAAGUCGAGUCGAGACAGAUCCAGAGGAAAUUGCCCAAAUGGACACCGACCAAAGCUCUGCAUACACUGGAGUGUGGGAAUCCGAAAUGGGUUCCUCUUUGCCAUGGACAUUGUCAGAAAGCGUCCCGACUUCAAAAACUUCCGACGACGGUCUUUCGUCGUCUUUAGUUUCAUCUAAUGGCCCAGCUUUGGCUGUCAAUCGUUGGUUGUUGACCCAGAACUGGCUGCGAGUAUACCAUGACAGCAUGGAAAAUGCCCUUUCGUGCUGGUUAACGGAGAGGAAUUGCCCGUACACUCUCCCGCGUGGCACUAUCAGAGUCGAUUAUCCGCAGACGAACUCCAAUUUCUCAGGAGUCCUUCCCGGCGUUUGGGGACCACAAUGGUCGAAUCGGAUAUAUAAAAGAGUGUGCAGUCUCGAUCAGUUUUCCAGCAGUCUCCCUGGGAAAGGACUGACGAAAACAGAAAGUUUGUUGGCGGGGAAGGCCCUUAACGCGGCUGUGAUGGCUUUCGGAGUACAAUGGGCGCAAUCGGGCGAGAGAGGCAAGAUUCGAGAUCAUUCCCCAUUCUUUGCCUCCAUGUCCAGUGUCCCGGGAGAGAUGAAUCUCCCAGCCGCCGACGAGUUUGGAAGAUCGGUGCAGGAGACGCUGUGGAAUCAAGCUCGCCAGGCCUUGCAGGAGGCUGCUGGUAUCCAAUCCUACAGACUUGCAUUUGCCAAUAUUAUCUUUUCUUUGACUCAACGGCCACUCAACAUUGACGAUUGGCGUCAGAGUACAAACUGGACACGACGCAACCAGAAGCGAAAUACAGCUCGAGGGAUGGAGCCAGAAAUGUCAAUUUCAUCUGCUGAGGGCAAGCCGAAUUCAUUGGAUAAUAGCCUCGAUGCGAAAUGGGAGGCUCUCCAAGAAAUCAUCAAUGCAGAUGGGCCUCCAAUAUUUCUCGAGGCUGCUUCAAGGCAGAUAUUGUCUUCUCGUUGGAAGUGGGAGCAAUACGGUCGACAGCUUGAGAAACAAGCGACAUCUCCGAGGCUUGGAAAACUAUCGGAAUCAGAGCGCAAGCCCUUGGAAGGUGCGAUUCCUAGUCAAGAACACCAGGAGACCUUCAAACUCCUGUCCUGGUUGGCUAUAAUGUUCGAUACAAUUUCGUCAACAAUGCUCCAACGACCACUUGUGGUAUCGGACGAGGACAGCAGCAUUGAGACCUCGGACCCAUGGGAGAGAACACGCCGAUCUUCCACCUACAGUUCGACUGACGGAGUCGCAGCCCAAACUUCGAUGGGCAUUGAUUUAGAUGGCUGGGAUCCUGGGAUUGGACGUGAAGGCACACCGAAAGAAUCCCAUUCAUCUGAUAUCUGGGGCAGGUUUUUCCUGGAGACGAAGGAUCUCCAGAAAUUGGAAAAUUUAGCGGCAAAUCAAUGGCACUGCACCCUUGAAGAAGCGGCCGCAAUCUUGUGUGAUGCAGCACCUGUCAAAGUAUUGCUGUUUCGAAAGGUGGGCCAAAUACAGAAACUGAUGUCUAGGAGAGCCAGGAGCGAGGCGCUUGAAGCGGCAAUCGAAGACACACUGAGCGUCUUUACAUUCUGGAAUCGAUCUUACGGGAAAUUCAUAUCCCAAUGUAUGGCGAGACAUCACGAGCUUCCAUCCCGCAUUCAAUCGUGGUACAUUGUUCUCGCAGGACACUGGCAGUUAGGAGUCAUACUGUUCGCGGACGUUGUCGAAGAGAUGGAUGCUGCUAACUUGAGUGAGCUGCCACAGCGAGAGAUGCGCCGAGUGUCCAAUUUCUCAUGGGGGAUGAGAAUCAACAGUGCCAUCACAAUAUCUGAGCUGUGUCGGUGUUCUUUGCACGGGCCUGCUCUAUCUUUCCCAACAGCACGCGAGUUUACAUACCCGGUGAAUCAAGUUGCCUUGCUGUCGGAACCAUGGACAGUAGUGCUCAUCCAAUCAUUCAGUCGAGCAGGCUAUGUCUUUGUGAGUCAACUGAAUUCACCGGAAAAGAGGAGCAGCAACGCCUGGACGAGUUGGGAGGAAGAGGUGAAUCUGGCAAAGGUGAGAUGUGGGUAUUGCAUUGAAGGGCUUGUGAACCUCGGAAACAAAUCAGACAUGGCGUAUCUGGCAGCGACGUUCCUGAAAGACUGUUUGCGGGAGUUGGACAGUGGAUAG